GCCCAUUUGCGUCGAACUUGAAGUCUGUAUUAGAAUUACCAUCCAAUUCUGGUCCUCGCCCGUAUAAAUACCAUGCUCUCCAUUCCACCUUGUCCCGUCUCACCACGCUGCCCAAUAGCGUCCUCCUGGCCUCCCCGCUCAGCACGUUCCACCCGAACACUACCUUUCGAACAGUCCACACGUUCUCUGAGCUCCCGUUGCGGCGAUUCCACCUUUUCCCGCCGCACAAAACGCCUGCGGAGUUUAGUGGACUUGUUUCACUCCUCAUAGCCAAUGCCUCGCUUCCCCAACGACCUCGUCCUCGAUAUCUUGGACGCGCUUAUCGAACCGGGCUCUGACCUUCUGACACCACACCAGUCUUCCCUCGAUGCUCUACGGAAUUGUUCUUUGGUCUGUCGCGAAUGGACUCUCCCUGCUCAAAAACGUCUCCCCAGACCUGAACUGAGCACAUUCCAGUUCCGAACGAUUGCUCUUGAUCAUCCCUCAAGAAAUAUACUUGCUCGAUUCCGCUCCCUCCAUGCUGCCAUCGCCACUCCUAUAUCCAAGUCUCACAUUCUUGCAAAUUCCAUUCGCUCCGUUACCAUGCUUGAGUGUCCAACCUUUAUGGAUCCGUCGCGGCAUCCACUGCUUCGCAUUAACCCAAUUGAGUUUGCCCAGUUCCUUGUGACGUGCCCUAACAUCGAACGCGUCCGAGUCAAGUCUGGACUCCUGCAAUUCAAUGCCGAGUCCUUGGGGAUCCUGAGAAGUGCGAUGGGUAGUGAUACAGACGGUCGUUUUGGAAAUCGGAUCACUGAACUGUGUGUGCAGGAGGAGCGAUCCUGGCAUCGACAGGCGGUCCAAAGUCUCUUCACAGAGGGUAUCUUUGCAAAUGUGUCACGUUUUUCGUGGGUGAUUUUCGAGAAUGAAACGACGCUUUACACGGAAACGCUCCCCUCUCGCGACGGGCCGAUCAACGCACAUUCAUCGGGCGAUGUACGCACACCCUGGAUCAUGCCAAACAAACUCACAAGCCUCGCGCUUGACGUACGCCAGAGAUCUCCUUUCCUUGGCUUCCUUUGCGCGCUACUUCACUCUUCUGUUAAAAGUAUUCAUGAACUCAAGUUGUCGACCGUUCCGCAUUCCGCAAUCGUCCACGCGGAGACGAACCCUAAUCCAUGGACCACUCGGUCCCAAACUGUCAACAUAUCUUCAUUCAAGGACGUAUUGCGUCUUAUUGGGCCUAAUCUUCGCUCGCUUUCAUUGGGUUCCCAGUCGGGCCUCGACGUUAGCAAUUUAGACGCCUAUCAAGCUCAAACUUCUAAUGAAUCACCCUCGCCCCCAAACCCGCAAACUCCAACUUAUUUGUUCGACCCAAUAGCGCUUUCAUCGCUCACCCCAAACUUACAGGCACUUGAAUUUACUUCUUGCCCCCUCACACACUAUCUUCUUUCGCUUUCCACCCCUUCCUUCUCUCCGUGCUACGCUUCCCGUCUCCCACAUACGCUCAAAACGCUCUCACUCUGCUCCCCCAAGGGGAGUCAACUGCCGUCGAUGUUCGCGAUAUCCCUUGAUAUCCUUUCUACCGUGAUCGAAUCUCAGUCUGCACUUGAUGUUGUUGCGCUCGAACAGGUUGUGCUUCGUGCUCCGAGCACGACGCUUGAGAAGGACGACGUAAAGGAAAAUUUGAACAUGUUAGAAGGUUUUUCGUUGAUUCUUGGUGGCCAGGAAAAUUGGUGUUCUCCCAGGGACUGGCUGUUGAGAUCGACCAUUCACACGAUUGACCCAUGUAGCUGGCAAUCCCUAGUUGCUAUUCCCGACUGGUGA